UCAAUAGCUGGAUUAUAUCAUAUUCCUCCUCCAUUUUUUUCAAUUUCCCACUUGAUUCUUCUAAUAACAACAACAAUGGCAUUCUUCAACAAAAAUUCUAAGAGUUUCAUUAAAUUAAUUUUAAUUAUUUAUUUCUUACAAAUAACAGCCCUAAAUGGACAACUUAGAGUUGGAUUUUAUUCUGAAAGAUGUCACAAUGCAGAAUCAAUUGUUAGCACUGUGGUUAAAGAAGCUUCACAAAGAGAGCCAAGAAUGCCAGCCAUGUUACUUAGACUCCAUUUCCAUGAUUGUUUUGUCCAGGGUUGUGAUGGAUCAAUUUUGAUUGAUAAUGUUAAAGAAGCUGAAAGAAAUGCAUUUGGUCAUGAAGGCCUUGGAGGGUUCGCAGAGAUCCAGAAAGCCAAAACUCAAUUGGAAACCCAAUGUCCUGCUGUUGUAUCUUGUGCAGAUAUUGUUGCUUUAGCUGCUAGAGACGCUGUCGUCUUGGCUGGUGGAGCAUUUUAUGAAGUGGAGACAGGUAGAAGAGAUGGUAGAGUAUCAGAUUUGUCAUUUGCAGAAAAAAUGCCAGAUGUAGAUGACUCAAUUGAAGUUCUCAAACAAAAAUUCAAAACCAAAGGCUUUACCGAAAAGGAUCUCGUCAUUUUGAGUGGUGCACAUACUAUUGGCACAACAGCUUGUUUUUUCAUGCCUAAAAGAUUGCACAACUUUACUGGAAAAUCAGAUGCAGAUCCAUCUAUCAAUCCUAAAUUCCUCCCAGAAUUAAGAAGCAAAUGCCCCAAAAAUGGAGACGUAAAUGUUCGAAUCUCCCUCGAUAACCUGAGUGAGAAGAAAUUUGAUGAUCAAAUUAUGCACAACAUAAAGAAUGGCUUUGCAGUUAUAGCAUCAGAUGCAAGGCUUUAUGAUGACAAUAUUACACGAGCGGUGGUCAAUUCUUACCUUCAGACAGAAAUAUCAGAUCUUAAUACUUCAUCAUCUUUUGAAAAGGAUUUUGGUUUAGCAAUGGUAAAGUUGGGAAGGCUUGAAGUGAAGACUGGAUUACUAGGAGAGAUUAGAAAGGUAAAGGUUAAAAAAGGAAGAUGAACAAGUUGUUCAAGCCAAUAAGAGGUCAAAUGUGAAAGAAAAUAACCAUCUGCUUUGGAUCUGCUCAAGCAGAUCAAGAGCAAGGUGACAUUUUUGUAAUAUUUGGCAAAUGUGAAAUUGGGGCUUAAAUAGGAUUUUAGCUCAUUUUCAUGAUCUAAAAAAAAUCUUUUAUCUUAUUUUUUAUUUUUCAUCUAUCUUUUAGCUUUUGAACAUUAUUGCACCAUUCUUGUGCUAAGAAGACAUUAGAGUGAUACCAAAGUGAAGGAUUAGCAUUUCUAUUGAAAAUUUAUUGAAAAUCAAAGCUUGGAAUUGUAUUCCCUGUAUUUUUCAUUGAUCAAUUUGGUGAAAAUUUUGGUAUA